CGCCAUGAUUCCUGUCAUUGCGACGAUUGGAUACGCGAGGCAUUUGUAUAGCCUAUCCAAGAUUCGAAUCCAUCGCUAACAAUGGACGCGCUCGCAGUUUCGGACCCAAUUGAUAGGCCAUACUAAUAAUUUCGACAACUAACAUCUAUCGACGACAACAGCAACCCCCGUCCGGACUCAUCUCCCAUCAUAAUGCUGUCCAAUCCGCCACAGAGCGGUCUUCACGCCAGAAACCGACAACACAGACGACAAAACUCAACGCCCACAGGAUACGACACAAUGAAGAUCGCCACAAAUCUGCCCAACAUACAGCCGAGCCCCCUGCGCCCACAGCACACCCAGUAUCAACAGCAGCGCUCCCGAGUAGCCCACCGCCGAGGCAUGAGCCUCGAUACUCGGCGCCAGAUGCUGUCGCAGAAGAGGCAGAGCUAUGGCAUGGUAAGUAAUACUAACAACAGCACAGGAUCAGCAACCACACCACAGCAUGUGGUGCGAGAAGCGCAGCAGCAACGCAUAGCACGCCCGGGCCCCCAGCAAGCGUACGCGAACUUGGCAACCGACGAGAACUACCUGGUGUCGCCCGGCGCGACACCCCAGCUCCAAUGCUUUGAUCAGCAGUGGACUGAUGGCCUUCCACUCCCCAGUGACCUGUCCAUGGUAUUUGACAUGUACCCUGGAUCCAUGGAUGUCAUCAUCAAAGAACAACAAGAUGGCUAUCCCAGCAGCUUAGAUUCCCCUGAUUUUGACUUGUUUCCCCAGAGCGCCAUGUCUACCCCAACCAUGAUGAACUUCCAGGAUAGCAUGAAUGGUGUCCCUGGCUGGCUGGCUGACAACAGUGCUGCUCAGUUCAAGCGGAGAGUCAGCAACGGGAUCGCGGAUAGAGUAAGCAAAUUCGAGAAUCUGAGUCAAGAGCCGUUACAACGGCCUCUUACACCACCAAAACAGAAUGAAAUAGAUUAUUUCCCAAUGACCCCUAUGGAGACGCCUCAAGUAGGAAGUUUUGAGCAGACGCAACCUCCUCAACGAUUUGUUGAGGGAUAUGAUGAAUCCAACGAGGAGACCGUAAAGCCUAUACGGCAGAAAGCUAACCGGCGGUCGCAAACUAUCUUUGACGAAAUGCGGCAAGCAACUGAGUCGUUGACGAUAGUACCGGAAACGCGGCGUGCCAACACCAUGCCCACAAACGCCUCAGCUGUCCAACCUGCAACUUCUGUGCCGGAAUACUUGGCUAUGAAUCACUCAUCAGAUACCGAUCUCCGCAUUGAUACCAACAAUGACGGGUUCCAGGGUCCAUCGUACCCAUCCAGCGCACGCUCCGAAUACUCACAGCACAUGUCCCCCGUCACCCCCAACAUGAACAAAUUCGAAGCCUUCGACUUCAGCAACCCCGAGUCUGAUCCCCAGGCUAUAUCAAACGACAUGCUUUCCGACGUCGCUUCAUCCUCGGCCACCGAGAAACCAUCCAGCCAGACAUCUCACCACCGGCGCACAGAAUCCGUCGCAUCUCUAGCUAGCGCCGCAAGCAUUGCCACCAUAGACAUAGAGAGCACCAAGACCGUCACGGGAAUCACGCUCGAAGACAUCCAGCAAUACAUCGAGGGCCCCGAUCCGAAGGACAACAAAUGGAUAUGCACCUUCGAAGACUGCAACAAGAAGUUUGGGCGCAAGGAGAACAUCAAGUCCCACGUCCAGACCCAUCUCAACGACAGACAGUUCAAAUGCCCCGCGUGCCAGAAAUGCUUCGUGAGACAACACGAUCUAAAGCGCCACGCGAAAAUACACACGGGGAUCAAACCAUAUCCGUGUCUCUGCGGGAAUAGCUUCGCGCGCCACGACGCGCUGACCCGGCACAGGCAGAGGGGCAUGUGCAUAGGCGCCUUCGAGGGGUCCGCCCCGAAGAACGCCAAGCGCGGACGGCCGCGGAAGCCGAGGCCGGAAAACGAGGAGCGCAGAGAGAAGGCGUGCAGGACGAGGAGGAAGAACAAGAGCGUUUCCUCGGUGUCCUCGAUAGGCACGUGCUCCGACGUCUCGGCUGCUACGUCGCCCGAGGAAGAGAUGAACGAGUUUGACCUCAUGGAGGACGUGAUGGAUGUCUCGCUGGGCGGAACCACGUUGAACCCGAGCAGUCUCCAGUCCAUGGGGUCGUCGGCGCCGAUGCCCGCGCUCGACGCUGCGUCGCCUUCGAGCAUCCAUUCGUAUUCCUCGCGGGCCACGCCCCAUUCAUCCGCGGAUCUAUUACCCCCUCACCAUUCCCCGUCCUCGCCCGCCAGAAGUAUUACCAGCGCCGUCAACGACCCGCCUGAACUCACGGACGACUCAUCGCCGCUGGCGACGCAGUACUUCGACAUGUCUGAGCCCGGCCUGGACGCCAUGAUCUCCUCGGCGUCCGACAUCUCUUGCAUUCCCACCCUGGGAGGAUCGAACGAGAGCAGUCUGAUACUCGAGUGCGACAUGUUUGGCUCCUCUGCCUCUGCUUCUGCCGCGGAUGUCGCGAAGUUCGAAGACGCGUAUGAUGGCGUUGAUAUGUUCACUAGUCAUGAUGAUCUCAUCUUUGGACAUUAAUAGCGAAGCUUUUGUAAUUUUUU